ACUCCAUCACGACACCUAUUUCUCAACACCACCUCCAGAAAUGUAUUGGAAUGGCGUUUACUAUCCAAACUGGCGCAUCUAUCGCGACCAGCCACCGUCGGUCCUGAACUUCAAUGUUAUCUCCCAUGUAUUCUAUGCCUUUGCCUGGGUGAAGGAAGACGGCACAGUAUACCUCAGCGACGAGUGGGCCGACGCUCAGAUUGAUGUUCCAGCCUUCGAAGAUGUCCCUGCCACUAAGGGCGCCCUGAACUCUCUUGCCGAGCUGAAGAAGAAGUACAACCAACUGAAGGUAGUGCUCUCGGUCGGAGGCGGGGGCGAGGGUAGCAAACCCUUCGCUGGAGUUGCCUGUGAUCCAGCCAAGCGUGAUCAGUUCGCACGGUCAUCGCUGGAACUGGUACAACGAUUCGGGAUCGACGGCAUCGACAUCGAUUGGGAACACCCUGAGGACCGAAGCCAGGGUGAAGACUACAUCCAGCUGCUGGCAGCACUACGACAGUACCUACCUGCACCCCAGUACACUCUUUCGUCAGCCCUCCCAGCUGGCGAGUGGGCUUUGCAACACAUCAACUUACACCAGGCCUCCUAUUAUCUCGACAUGAUCAAUCUCAUGGCCUACGACUACUCUGGUCCUUGGGUGAAAAAGUGUGGUCACCAAGCCCAGCUCUUCACACCUCAGUCCCCACACAGUCCUGAAGCUGCGAUCUCAUGCCACUCUGCUGUAUCAUACAUGCAGCGACAAGGAGUCCCUGCCAACAAGAUCAACAUGGGUGUUCCGGCUUACGGUCGAUCUUUCACUGGAACUAAUGGUGUCGGCCACUCUUUCUCGGGUCAAGCGGGCGAGGAAGGCACAUUCGAGUACAAGGAUCUGCCCCAACCCGGGUCUGAAGAGCAUGUCGAUGAGCAUGUCGGCGCAGCCUAUUGCAUGGGCGGUGAUGGUGGCUUCGUUACCUAUGACAACCCGCACACAGUCAGGAUGAAGGCCAACUACGUUCGACAGAACGGACUAGGAGGUCUCUUUUACUGGACUGGUACUGGUGAUGCGAGCUCGAUUGACAACAAGGAUCGCAGUCUGGUAUGGAAUGGCUUCCUCGGUCUCUUCCCUCAAUAGCUUCAAUCCUUGUCAGCUCACGGUCCUUGAGCAGCUACAGUUUAUCUUGAAUAUCGUGUACAAAAGUCAUAGCGUAGCAUAGCGACAUCACCAAAUCCAUGACCAUGUCCAGA